AUGAGAAUCAGGGGCAAGAAAGCUGCUCAGGAUGUGCUUGCAUCUAGCGGCAUUGCCCAUCAUGGAGUGCGCUGGUUCACGGAGCUCAGGGACAAGCGCCAGUUGUCCUCAGAGCCCCAGGAAGUCCUUUGGAUUGAAUGGAAAGACAAUGAGGAUUGGCCGGAGUACAUUGCCCGUGCCCUGCGUGACUCCACGCACGGCCUUGUGCGGGGGAGGUACCAGCUUGGCAUGCGGGUCCACAGAAAUGACGAGCGAUGGUCCCCAGCUAUUAGUACAUGGAGGCUGCAAAAAAUCCCACGACAUUGGGACUUUCCCACAGUGGAGGAGGUUGCGAAGCAAAUGGGCUUCAACGGAGUGCAGAUUUUGAGCAAAGGAAGGAAUGGCUUCUCCAACAGUUGGACUUUCUUGGCCAAACGUGCUGACCCCCUUGAGUUCAUUUCUAGUGAAAUCGAAGCAGCGGGCUCGGAUGCGCAUAGCGAGCCUGUGGAGGUGUUUGCGGUCAAGGAAGCCAGACGUCGCAGUCCGCAGAACUUCAAAGUCCGGGCGCUUCAGCCUGAACGUACUGUCCGGUUUUCUUUUCCGGAUUGUCCUGUGGCUGCCAGCACAAAGUUCCAGGAGGUGGAGCAAAAUGCAAUGCCUGUUGACCUGACUGGAGAUCCUGACAAACCUGAGAAAGUGGAGGGAACCGAGGACAUGUCCAAGCGGACAGGGAGGGAGAACUCUGGAAGAAGCAGAAGCCCAGUGAAGAAGAGUACUGCUACCAAUGAUAGCAAAGCGGCUUCUACCACUAGUGUUGGCCAGGUCAGUUCAGGAUUUUUUCAUGGUGGGAACGUUGUUGCAAAUUCUGGACAAGGUGACUGCCUUUAUCUCGCUGUAGCCCAAGCCCUGACGAAACUGGAAGGAAAGAGUAGGUCUCACAGACAGCUCAGGGCAUUCACUGUGGCCACCUUGCGCCAAAAGAAGGAGACAUAUGAGCCGCGAUGGUUGCACAUAGAUGACAAAGGUAAGGCAACAACCAUGACAUUUGAUCAAUACAUUGACCAGCAGGGUCAAGUUGGCAGUUGGGGGGGCUCUUUUGAAGUGGAAGUGUUGGCUACUUCAUUGAAAAGGAGGUUUUGGAUUUGCGACAAUCAGCAUGCCUUCCUCUAUAAUGAGGACGGCGAGGGCCCGCCUGUUGUCCUUCAAUAUGGGAACGACCAUUAUCAAAAUGUUGAAGGUUACGAUGAGUACAUGCUGGAGCAGAGACGCAAACGGUUGGCCAAGGAUAGCUCUCAGGCUUUUCGCGGGGGUGUUCCUGCCUUAGUUGCUAGCCUCAGGUUGUCUGACUUUGCGAGUGGAGGGGGGACGUCCAAGCGGCCCCGCUCAGUCCCCAGUGCAGCAAGCCAGUCUUGUCGGCUCUCAGAUUUUGCUUCUGUGAAGACCGUGCGAGCUAAGCAGGGCAGAUCAGCCGACCACAAAAAGCUUCAGUGCUUCAAGGAGGAUUUGCAUACCUGGAAAUGUGACAAAUGCGCGACAGUUCUGCAAGCUACUACAAAGCUUCAGCUAUCGGCCAAAAGGAGGAAUCACAUUUACAACAGACAUCGACAUGAACCUCGGACUUCUUUCCACCAAAUCAGGAAGACCUAUGUACCCAUUCAGGUUCUGCACAAGAGCAAAGUUGAAUAUGUAGGUUGGGAGUGCGGCUUCUGUGAUGGAGUGCUACCAGCCAUGGAGGGAGAGGAGCAGUGGUUGCGGGCAUCCAUCAAUGCCCAUCUGGCCUCGUGCAUCAAAGCGCCCAAAGGAGCUACGCCUUAUCACCACCAGUUGGCAUUGAACAAACGUUGUGGUCUCUCCAAACCAGAGUUGAAGGGUGCCAGGGCACACUCACUGGCGUGGGCGCGCAACAUGCGCCAAAAAGGGCUCGCUGGCAUGACUGAGAUUCAAGAGCAGUCUGUGCACCAAUUAUUGCGGAUUGAUAGUGACUCUCACAAGCGGGCGAUGUUUGCUUGUGCAACUUGCACCAGGCAUUGGAGAUCCCUGGGGCAGCUGAAAAUUUCUCACAAUGACCGCUCUGUACCUCAGCAGUGCAACGGCGGCAUGAGGGAGGGGCUUCUGACUUGCAAGAAGAAAUGUACUUUCUGGCAAACAUUGAACAACAAAUGGAAGGCGAAGAUGGCGGCUGCAUGGUGUCUCUCUCCCGCCGAGCGCAGGGCGCUUAAUGCUGCUUGCGCCAACAACAAGCGGCUCCCAACCAAGCGCAAAAGCGAAUGGCAAAGAGAUUUGACUGCUGAUGAGGAUGUUGAAGAGAACCCUGGACCGUCAAUAUGCUGUGUUAGUGUGAACAUUCAGGGACAAGACAACACCUCUUCUUUUUUGGAUGUGCUGCAGGAGCGGAAAUCCCGGCCCCACUUGGUGGCCUUGCAAGAGACCAACUUGGAUGUUGUCAAGCGGGGGGUCGUCAUUCACAAGUUUAACCAGAUGGGAUAUUCGGCUUGGGCGACCCAGCCAGUCACUAAAGUUGAUGCUGCGGGAAAAAGAUACCAUCGAGGAGGAGUUUUGCUGGCUGUGCGCCAAAACAUCAAAGCAGCCUGGCAUGCAGAAUUUGAUGAGCAUGGAGGGCAGUGUCUCACUGUCGAUGCGGGCACUUUUCUCCUUUCCACCUGCUGGCGGCGACCGGAUCACGAUGAAGAUGCUGCUGCUGAUUUCUGGUCUCAUCUGACCGAAACGCGUCAGGACGCCCAAGCUCGGGCUCUGCCGUGGGUAGCUGUUGGAGAUUGGAAUAAUACACCAAAUCAGAUGUGGAUGUGUCGCACAGGCAGUGCCACUCUGUGUGCAGUCACUGAUGAGGAGGGUUCUUUCUUGCCGAGUCGAUGGCAUGGGAGGUGUGUGGACUUUGCUAUUUCUUCUUUUUCGGGAAUUUUGCAUGCUCCAUCGUUUUGGGAAGAAGUUCUCAGUGACCAUAAAGUUUUUCAAAUGAGUUUGGACAUUGGUUUCAACAAUGCUGGCGGCGAGUGCAUGGCUCCCACCAGAUCAUACCUCAAGCCCACUGGGGUGUCCACAACUGAUUGGAGGGAGACGAUAGCUCAUUUUUGGCAAUACACUGAAGCUAUUCAAAAUACAACUACUGAGGAGGAAUGGUAUACAUUCAAUGCCGCUGUUGAAGACUGUAUGCGACGUGCUGCAGCAAAGCAUGGCUGUCGAACUACUGAAACGAAGCGUCCAAAAGGUACUGCGCCUUGGACACUUCCCAAUUCUGAUUAUCAUUGCCGUUGCGGUACGUUGAGCACUUUUCCCAUUCGGUCGGCCAUCAAACUUCUUGGCCGGAUCAGGGAAUACCGCAGACAACUUUGCCAGGAGCAGCAGGAUGCGCGGCUUUUGCGCAAUAUUCAGAGGACUUGGCCGGAAAGUGCGCACUUUCAAACUUGGUUCCAGGCGGAGCAGCACUUGCAGAAGCAACUGGAUACUAUGAAGGCGUCCUUGAAGAAGGCAAAUAUGCAACAGUGGAGGGCUCGAAUGAACAGACAAGGUAAGGCAGCAACAAAGUGGCUCAAAGCCAAACCCGUUUUGGUGCCUCGCUCAAUCCUGCGCGCUGAUGGGAGCAAAACGCAAUGCCCAGAUGAAGCACUUCAUGAAUUAUCAGUUUUUUGGCGUCGUACGUGGGAUCGUCCAAUUUCUGGUGAGGUUCAAAGAAGUCUGCAAGAGGAGAUGCGCCGGCCUGUUCAGGAGGGGCCCCACAUUCAGGAAGUUUUUCCGCCUGCCGAAGCUCUUUUGGCCAGAGCUCGCCAGGCGGCUGACGGGGCUCCUGGCCCCGAUGGGUGGGCAGGAGGAGAGGUUGAGCAUUGGUGUCUUGGAAUUUGGGAAACAUAUUUGCAGCUUUUGCACAGGUGGGCAUCACGUGGUAAGUGGCCACGAUCAUGGCAGCAUAUGAGACAAGUGCAUAUUCGGAAGGAUGACAAUGUCUAUGCGGGUGACGCCGUGCCUGCUAAGGCGAUGAGGCCUAUUUCUGUGCAGUCAAUAUUGGUGCGUAUUGUUGGGAGCGCCUUUGUCUCUCAGCCUGAAGUGCGCGAGUGGGUCAAGUCGCAGGUCCCCACGUGCUGCCACGGAGCUUUGGCUGGCCGUGACGUUGCGACAGCAUGGAGUGAUUUAGCUGAAGCGAUUGAGCAGAAACAGGUCAUCGCAUCAUUAGAUUUUGAGAAGUGCUUUGACAAUGUGUGGCCAUCGCUUGCUUUGGCUAUCAUGAGGAGGAAGGGUCUGUCACCGGUUUGGUGCAACCUGCUGGGCCACAUUUGGCAAGGGCAGCGAAGGUGGCUUCAACUUGGACGUUUCACGGCGUCCAAUCCCGACAAGGUCUCGUGCUCAUUACCCCAAGGUGACGCCAUGUCACCCCUGGCUCUGGUAUUUUUGCUUGCAGAUACGGCGGCCAAAGUCGACGCCAUGGAGAACGUGUCCACUUCUAUGUUUGUCGAUGACAGAGCCAUUUGUUCGUCUGAUGUUCAGCAAGUUGUGGCGGGCAUACAAGUUUGGGAGGCGGCGAGCCAGGCCUUGGGCCUCAAGGAGAAUCAGGACAAAACGGGCAUUGUUUGCUUUACUGCUAGACAGCACAGACAGUUGGUGGAGCAAGGAGUCCGGCCUGAGACUAUCAAGGAUCAAAUUCGAAUCCUGGGUAUUGAUGUUGUGCCAAACAGCGGAUGCGAAGCCGCUACUAUGGCUAAACGCGCUCAGGAUGGUAUUGCAAUUUUGACGAGGCUGGCCUUUUGUCCAAUUGGAAGAGAGGUUAGGAGGGCAUUGUAUAGAUCGAGAGUUAUUCCGCUUUUGACUUGGGGAGCUUGGCUGAGACCACUGCCGGCCUGUGUGGCCAAGGAAGUGAACAGCAUGUACAGAAGUCUUUCCCGAGGACAUUCUAUGGGCAGCAAGCCGCUGCGCACUAUUUUGGAGGGUCAUUGUGCCGAUCCUGCUUUUUGGGCUCUUCAUCAAUCCCUUCAAGCAGCAGCCCGAGCACAUAGGUUUCGGCCGUUGCGCUGGAGAGAUUCGCCGUCUUUGUUUGGCUGGCAGCGAGCAUUGGUUACGGGGCUUGGCGAUUUGGGAUGGAACCCGGUCAGACCAUGGGUCUUGGAACACCCAGUUGAAGGGCGUUGCAGAAUUCUUGCAGCUGAAGAUGCUUUGCAUAAAGUUCGCGAAUCCUGGCGGAGAAAGCUUUUUCAUGACUUUUUGCAGCAAGAUAGGAGGGACAGUAGAAGUUUGCGCCAGGUUGCUCAAUAUGACGCUGUUUCUUGUCGUCUGGCCCGCACUUUCUACGAAGAGUCUGGUAAUCAUGUGCGCUCCGUGCUUGUGGGAGCAGCUUUAAGUACUGCGGUCUAUCACCGGAUUCGCAAAGAGGUGGUGCCAGCUUUUUGCAAGUGGUGUGGGCAGUCUGUUCACGCCGAUUGGGAGCAUUUGGUGUGGCAUUGCGAGUUCUUUCAGCAAACUCGUCCAGCAUCCACACCUCAAGAGUUCUUGACCAGGAGACUUGGAUGGCCAGCCAUUGGCCAAAACAAGGCCCCUCUGUGUGGCGUGCGCAUCCAUCGUCGUCACGCUCUUUGCGUGAACUUCUAUGAGGUGUCGCGUCACGAAAAAGAUGCAAACAGGGAAUCGCAUAAUGCGAUGCGAUUUGCUUUGGCUGCAACACGCUUUGGCGUCACAGAAUUAUUUGGCAAGCUCCUCUCUCGAACCUGCCGAGCUUUUGAACAGCUGGGGCAGAGACAUUUGGCUGUGAAGCUUGCAGAAAGUAUCAGUGAAGAUGCCACCUGCAAGCAAAUAUCUAAGGAGUUCUCCCGUGUGCCGGCAGAAUCCUUUAAGACGAGGGUGUACACCUAUGGUGGGGCAGAAGUGCUGUUUCGCAUUCCCGACAUGUAUUUGUUGAAUGCUUUGCAGUGCAUGCUUG